AAACAAGAGAUCUCUAGAUACGAGCGAAGAUACAGCGUCAAAACGACUACGGAGCACUCCAGAUGCACAACCUACGCAAGCUCAAUCAGUGCAGGAUAAAUUAGCAGCAGCUAAAGCUAGAGUCGCUAAACUUACGGCUAGUUGGUCACAGCCUAAUCAAUCAAAUCAAUCAAAUCAGGAAGCUGCACCUAAGACUGAUCUCAAUUCAGCCAUUGCUAAAAGUAGGGCUGAAAUAGCGCGUAAAACGCAAGAGAUGAAAGAGCGUACUCAAUCGCGUAUAAAUCCAAACGCAGACGCUAAAAGGACAGAUAUUAAAGCACCUGGAAGUGGUUUAGGUACAGCUAGCCAUCCACUUCUAGCCACUUUAAGUGGUAGUGCAUCCCCUGCGAAUGUAUCUGCCAACGCUCCUAAGUUUACGUCCAUAAAGGCUAACAAAGGGGCAACUCCAGCCGUUUCUUCAAACCCUUACCUUCAAGAUCAAGGAGAAGAUACUAACAGACGUAAACGUCAAUUUGUCUUCUCACGACCAGGAAAAUAUAUAGCUCAAGCUGAUGCGGUACGCAAUGAAGCUAAAUUAGAAGAACUUAAACGUAAAAUAGAUGAAAAUGCCAGAAAAGCUGGUAUCACAGGUGAAUCUGAAGCCGCAUCAGAGCGUGCUGUCAAGAGACCACCACCACCUGCUGUCGAAUGGUGGGAUCAACCUCUACUUCAUAACCAAGAAGCAUAUCCUGAGGAUCUCAACAAGGAUGCAAAGAUAGAAACUGAAGAUUCUCUGAUUACACUUUACGUUCAACAUCCUAUCCCUAUACCAGCGCCUCACGAUAGAUCAAGAUUUGCUAAGCUCGACUUGAAAUUGACAAAGAAGGAAAUGAAAAAGAUGCGUAAACAGAGGAGACAAGCAGAGUUGAGUGAUAAAAGGGAUAGAAUUAAGAUGGGAUUACUCCCUCCAGAUCCACCAAAAGUCAAACUGUCAAACUUAAUGCGUGUUUUAGCAAGUGAUGCAAUCCAGGAUCCAACUAAGGUAGAAGCAAAGGUUCGCAGGGAUAUGCAAAAGCGUAAAAUAGACCACGAACGUAUGAAUGAGGAGAAUAAAUUGACGAAAGAGCAAAGACACGAAAAGGAUGAAAAUAAACGUCUCGAGAAUGAGAAGGCUAGAGGUACGCGUGGUGCAGUUUUCAAAAUUAAGAAUAUGUCAAAUCCGUCACAUCAAUUCAAAGUACGUAAGAAUGCACAACAACAUGGUCUUUCUGGAUGUUGGUUACAAAAUGAGAAAUUCCAUUUUAUAUAUGUCGAAGGAUCAGAAAAGAGUAUGAAAGCUUACAAGAGACUAAUGACUGUCCGCAUUGAUUGGACGGAGGAGACUAGGGGGCCCACUAAUGAUGAAGGAGAAGAGCAACCACAGUCACUGGCUGAUAAUUACUGUCAUCUUAUAUGGGAGGGACCAACUCGAGAUAGACUUUUUAACCGAUUUAUUACGAGGGAGAUGCCGAGCGACAGGGAAGCGAAGGAGUUCUUAGGCGAAUCACUAGCAGGAUAUUGGGAUACAGCCAAGGUACAGACAGUUGAGUAAUAUACACAAUGCAUUUAUAUUUAUUCAAAAGAAGUUUUCAAAUUAUGAUAAUUCGUGCCACUUCGAAAUCUUCCGAAUAGUGAUAAUUAAUUAAGUAUUCAGAUAAGAAUCUGGAUGUUUUAUAAACAACGGCAAACUUGCCGCGAAUCUUUUUAUAUAUCUCUUGGAAGAAGAUCAUCUGCUGAUCCCAUGUGAUGAUGAGGUAAGCCAGAUGCAGGGGAGCUUGACAGCGAUUUAAAUUUCUACCCAAUCGACUUUUUCCUUUUCUCAAUUGAACUUUGAAGAACUAAAAGAAUGCAAUACACUCAAGUACUCGUCAACAACGGAUGUAGCUGCAGCUGUGGUGACAGCUGCCAAUGUAAGUGAUAGUCGAUGUUGUAGUAACCUCGCUGAUAGAAGUAAGGUGGCCAAACUUGCACUUGUGGCAAAUAAGUCUUGAUACGUUUUGACUAUCGUCAACUGUAAAUCACGAUGAAUCAUACUUUGGUUUACAUAAUAAAACAUCACCUU